AUGGAUUUAGAUGGCAUUUUAUAUCUUUUAUUUUGUGUUCCAUGUUGUUUAAUGGAGAUAUAUAUUUCAAAGGUAAAAUAUUCAUCAUCAACAUCACCAAAAACUGCAUCAAACGAUCGUGAAACAUUUAUCUUUAUCUGGUUAAUUGUAACCUGUUCACAAGUAUUUUCCGUAAGUUGUGCUCGUUUAGGUUAUGGAUCAAAAAUAAUUGAUAAGAAUUCUUUUAUAUAUUAUUUAUGGAUUUCAUUUAAUAUCAUUUUAUAUCUAAUGGGCGUUUCAUUACGAAAACAAUCAAUAGAACAAUUAGGUGAAUGGUUUACAACUGUUAUUCGGACAGAUGACAAUCAACAAUUAAUUGAUUUUGGAUGGUAUGAAAAAAUGCGACAUCCAUCAUAUGCAGGUUCAUUAUUGUAUUUUCUUGCUUUGGCUUUACUUCUAAAUAAUUGGCUAAGUUUAUUUAUUGCGAUGAUACCAAUUUCUUUAGUUUUUUAUUAUCGCAUUUAUAUUGAAGAACAAGUAUUAAAAAAACACUUUGGCAUGAAAUAUGAAGAAUAUAGACAAAGAGUACCACAUAUGAUUAUUCCAAAAGUAUUUUAA